AUGAGGUUGAGUACAUGUGCUGAUUGUAGGUUCAUGUCAACUGCUUCCAAAAUCACUCUAGGAGUUUCGUGUCUCUUUACAUUGUCGACAUUUGCAGGUGUACAUAUUUCUCAAGCUCUUGAACGUGAAAAGCUCGGUGAGAACGUGCGCCGUGAAAUAGAACGUGAAAUCCAAGAAGAAAAAGUUCCGUAUUACCUACCAGUGAUGAACAACUCGAUGGCUCUAAGUGAUACAAAACUAGUAUCUGAUGAACAUUGUCUUUCUGUCAGCGUUUCAUUCGACAAUCCAAGCUUCGCAGAAGUUGCCAUGCGCUCACUUUCCGUGGAUCCUUCUCCUCCACGAUCUACAGUUAAAGAACAAUUAAAUCAAAAGGGGUCCGACCUCAUCUGUACAUUUUUCGCCCCUGUGAGUGUUAGCAAUAGAAACCAGCAGUUACGAAAAUUGCGUAUUGCUGUUAACAGCUGGCUUGAUAAUGUCAUUUUGGUCUCAGAAACAAUCAGUGCGUUUGGAACAAUGGACUCAAAUUUUACAUCUGAGCGAGCUAUUAAUGGCUUUUAA